AUGAAUAACAAUCUCUUGCAAUUGGAAUCAUUACCAAAUGAAAUUUUUGCUAGUAUAUUUGAAUUUCUUCAAUGUCCAGAACUUUUUCAAGCAUUCUAUCAUCUCAAUUCCCGCUUUAAUAAUCUACUUCAAUCACUUCCUUAUCUUACACUUAAUCUUUUGACAAAUUAUAAUAAUAAUAAUAAUGAUUUCUUUCCUUAUAUACGUAGUCUUAUCAUAGAUCGUGCUAUUGAUAUUAAUUUAUGUCGUUUUAUGCAAAUUCGUUCACUUACACUUCGAUAUCCAACAGAUCAAUUAUUAGCUCAACUUAUUUCUAAUAGUUCACUUCAUCUCGAGCAUCUUUCCGUUAAUCAUAUGCAUGUUUCUGUUUUGAAUUAUAUUCCAAAUCUAUGUGAUAAAGUUUUUUCGAAUAGUUUUUCUAAACUCAAAUCUUGUCAUUUACUUGAAUGGGGAACAAUUGUAAAAAAUUCACAAUGGACAAUAUUACCAUGUUUAUAUAUAUUAAAAAUUGGAAAAAUUGAUUUAUUUAUUUACAAAUCUAUUUUAUCUUCUUGUCCAAAUUUAUAUUUUCUUCAAUUAGCAACAAUAAUAUCCAGUAAUACAUCUAUUCGUAUUCGUCCACAUCUGAAUCUUAAACGAAUAGUAAUUCGAACAACAGCAUUUGUUGAACGUUGGACUGAUGAUGAUAUGAAUAUUUGUCUUUCAUAUGUACCUAAUCUCGAAUAUUUAAGUGUUCAUCAACCAAGUAUGAUUUUCUCACACAAAAAUGAUUGGCUUGCAUCUAUAAUUGCUUGUCAUUUACCUUGUCUUCAUCAAUUUCAUUAUUAUUUUCAUAUUUUUGAUAUUGAGAGAAUCAUGGAACCAAAUAUUGAAUUGCUUCUUAAUGAAUUCAAAAGAAAAUUUAAAAUUGCUCAUCAUAAACGAUAUCUAUCUCGAUUUAUUAUCAUUCGAGCACAGUUAAUUUAA